AACCGUCUGCCCGUCACUGCUUGCCUCUUUGUUUAGACCGAUUCCGCUUCUCUCCCUCGGCGUUGCUGCUGGCGAGGAGGGGGGGACGGAGGGAGCACCUUGCUGUCUCUCUCUCGCUCUCUCUCUCGCGUUUUCUCUUUCUGUGUGAGUGCUCCUGCUCCGAUCUGGCACAAAUCGGCGUCUGACGGGAUGACCGGCGCAUAGGCUGCUGCUCAGUGAGGAGAGGAUAAUGUUGAAGGAGUGAAAAGUAAGAUCCGGAGCGCUCGUGCAGACACUCGCCCUGGUCUCUGUUCUGCCUCUGCAAAGUGCUGUUUCACCCUUGUUCCGUCGUUCGCCGUCUCUGCACCCCUCGGGGAGCUUUGGAGAGCACCUGAUCUGAGGCGCAAAGCUUUGCUUUCCCUAGGACUGCACCACUGAGGCGAACCUUGGUUCGGUAGACACGGUCUAGGAUGGGGCUCGCUCUGUGUGCAGCUGGGCGGCAGAUCCUCUUUCCUCUGAUGCUGCUGCUCUCUUUAAGCUUGGGUGCAACCUCCUCCAUUGUGAACAUGCGUAGGAUCACUCAUCCUACAGUGCAACAAAUGUUGGCAGGCAAAGCCACUCUGCCUUGUGUCUUCACCCUCCAGACCAGCACCUCCACUGGGCCUCCUCACCUCCUGUGGACUCGUACUAGGCUAGCAGGGGGAGGACAAGGUGCUCCUUCGGAGCAGACUGUGCUUUCUGCUAAAGGCGAUGUAAUCAAGGUGAAUAAGGCUUUCAGUGGUCGCAUCAUGCUGCCAGGAUACGCUGCCAACCCUCUGAAUGCUACCAUGGAGAUCUCCAGCCUCCGUACCAACGACUCAGGCACUUACCACUGUCAGGUUGUCAUGGGCAACGACUAUGAGAAGGACACUGUUCCCCUGGUGGUGUCCGGUGUGGUGUUUCACUACCGGUCUCCCAGCGCUCGUUACGCCCUCUCGUUUAGUGACGCCCAGCGAGCCUGUCAGGAAAACUCGGCUCAGAUCGCCACUCCGGCCCAGCUGUGGGCAGCGUACCAUGACAACUUCGGCAGCUGUGCUGCUGGCUGGUUGGAUGAUCAGACUGUUCGAUAUGCUGUCCAGGUUCCAGAGCUUGGCUGCUACGGACAUAAGGAGUACUCUGCUGGAGUGAGGAAUUAUGGGAAGAGGGACCCAAAAGAGCUGUUUGAUGUGUACUGUUUUGCAAAAGAAUUGGAUGGCGAGGUGUUUCACUCCUCGGUCCCAGGCAGACUGUCACUUUCUUCUGCCUCCGACCGCUGUGUGUCCCUUGGGGGCCAGCUGGCCACAGUGGGGCAGCUGUACUUGGCCUGGAGGGCCGGCCUGGACAGCUGUGCCCCAGGCUGGUUGUCUGAUGGCAGCGUCCGCUACCCAGUGACCUGGCCUCGUGCUGACUGUGGAGGGACAGAGCCAGGAGUCCGCACGGUCACGCCCAAUGACACCGCUGACAACACUACAGCACUAUAUGAUGCCUACUGCUACAGAGGUAAAGUGAAGAACACAGGCUCCAUCUCUCAGAUCUACACCUCCCUGUGGAAGCCCUGGAGCUACCUUGCAGGCUCGAGCGAUGCUGACUCUACAGGGACAGCUAGUCCCGACGUGACUUCACAACAAACCACCACGAUCAGAGAGUCACCAGAUGACAGCGAGCUUUCACCUUCCAAUUGGACAGGAUUGGUUGACCUAGAAGAGGAGGACUCCUUUCACAGUGCUGAUGCCUCCUCAGACCCCUGGUCCUCAGAGUCCUCGACAACAUAUGUAACCCUCCAGUUAAUCCCGGGACAGAACUCCUUUGACUGGGGAGAGUCACUGGAGCCUGGACCCGACUCUGAGGAGUUUCUCCUGCCCCCAGUCCAUCCAACUCCUCCUGAGAAGAAGGUUGGUUUGCUUUCUUUGGGAACGCCAUGGUUCAGCAGUCCCCCAGGAGAGAGCACCACACCAGUGAGUGAAGAUUCACCCACUCAUCUGGCAUCUACUUUGGCUGCCUCCAGUAUAUCUAUGACUACAGAGAGCAACAAGAGCUGGGAGAACUCGGAGACACCUACGUCCACAACCUCCAGGCCUGCACCUGAAAUCCCCUCUUCCAGCGGAGACGCCUGGAUCCGUGUCGAUGCCGAGACCACGACUCAGCCUGUAGACAAGAGGGGGGAGACGGUGACCUCCAGAGCCAGUGGGAGAGGACGAGGAAGAGGGAAGAAGAACAGAGGGGAGGACAGGAGCAGGGGAGAAGAGAAGGGGAGAGGAGAGGAGAGAGGGAAAGCAGAGGAGGAGGGGAGUGGAGAAAUCACCGGGGCAGAAGCAAAAGGAGAAAUACAGGUCUCACGCCGGCCAGUCGGAACAAGCAAGCCAAGGGAAAGAUCCAGAGAAAGAUCCAGAGAGAGAGGUCACAGGAGAGGACACUCCACGACUACCACAACCACAACUACAACUGACACGGCCUCAACCACAGAUGACACGACCACAACUACAGAUGACAUGAUCACAACCAUAGCUGACACAACCGCAGCCAUAGCUGACAUUAGCACAACCACCACCAUCACCACUGACAGACCUCAUGAUCCAACAGACAUGACCACAUCUGGUACACAAAGUGACUUUCCUACUUCCAAAUCCUCCCCUGCUUUACCAGAAGCAGAAAAGUCAUCCCUGUCAGUCUCAGAUGCCCCAUAUCAGACACUAUCUUCAUCUCCAUCUGCACCCCCAUCCACCAUGCCAUCCAUAUCUUUCUUCGAGCCAUCCCAAUCUGAAGCUGAGUCUCAUUUUCUCCCCUCAUCUAUCCCCUCUUCCUUCUCUCCAACCCGAACACCUUCCUCACCUCCACUCCAUCCCCAAACCCCAUCUUUUUCACCUUCAGUCCCUUCUAACGUCCCAUCAGAGACUCAAACUGUUGAAUUGGGAGACAAAGCUACGUCACCUCAUUCAAAAAAUCAGGAAAGCUCCACUGACGCCCUAACGCCACUUCACUUAGUCCCAGUGGAGAAGGUGGUGGUGAACGGCUCUCUGGAUAACCCUCUGUCCCUGUCGGGACCCCCAGAUGAGGAGGAGCCUGCCUGGUCUCAUUCUGUGGGCUCAGGGGCCCUGUUACCCGUCACUAUGGAGGAAGAAAGCAGCAGCACAGGAGGAGGAAUCAACAUCAGCACCACAGCGCUCAGUCCGACAUCUGAGGUGGAGCCCUGCAUGACAAACCCAUGUCUGCACGGAGGGAAGUGCCUUCCUCAGGGAACGGGCUACACCUGCUACUGCCCACAAGGAUACACUGGGGAAAACUGUGAGAUUGACGUUGACGACUGCCAGUCCGAGCCUUGUGCAAAUGGAGGCACUUGCAUCGACAAGAUUGAUUCCUUCCUCUGCCUUUGCCUGCCCAGCUACGGAGGAGACAUGUGUGAGAAAGAUGUUGAAGGUUGUGAGCACGGCUGGAGGAAGUUCCACGGCCACUGCUACAGGUACUUCACCCACAGACACACCUGGGAGGAUGCAGAGAAAGACUGCAGAGAGCACAGCGCCCACCUCAGUAGUGUCGUCUCUGCUGCCGAGCAGGAGUUCAUCAACGGUCUCGGUCACGACAACGCCUGGAUCGGUCUGAACGAUCGCACAGUGGAAGAGGACUUUCAGUGGACCGACACCAACGAUUUGGUUUACGAGAACUGGAGGGAGAGCCAGCCCGAUAACUUCUUUGCAGGUGGCGAGGACUGCGUGGUGACCAUUGCCCAUGAGGACGGCAAGUGGAACGACGUGCCCUGCAACUACAACCUGCCCUACAUCUGCAAGAAAGGCACAGUGUUAUGCGGGACCCCACCUGCGGUGGAGAAUGCCCAUUUGAUAGGUCGGAGGAGAUCACAUUAUGAUAUCCAUUCAGUGGUGCGCUACCAGUGCUCUGAAGGCUUCUACCAGCGCCACAUCCCCACCGCACGCUGCCGGGCCGAUGGGAGCUGGGAGCGACCCAGGAUCAUCUGCACAAAGUCUCGACGACUGCACCGGUACCGACGCCAUCACCGUAACCAGCGCCACGACCGCCACGGCCACAGGAGACACGGAGGAGAGGGACACAAGGCCAGAGAAGACGCACACAGCUACUACUGAACCAAAUAAUACAACAUCCACAAUGCCUAGGUGCUAACCAUGGCCCAUAAGGAAAGACAGUAGAUCACAGCAAUUUCCAUUUGCCCUUCCCGCUUCUAACCACUAACCGUGCUCUCUGCUUAGCUUUACUCCCCCAGUGAAUAAGAUUAUCCCCAUAAUCUAACUUCCAUGCUUUUUGAUGCUUCUUUUUAUUUUCUCUCUGCUUUCUUUAACUGAGGUCCAUGCGAACACUGACUUUAGCACCGCCCUAACAUCCGCCCUCCCAAACAGUAACUCCUCCACUCGUCUACAAACUAUAACCUUCUUUUGAUCUGUCAGCCUGACAGCAGUGUGUGAACGUAUGCAUGUAAGACAGAAACUUAGAGGAGUGCCAAGUCACUUUUUUUGGAAAGGUUUGCUUGUUCUACAUGAAAAAAGUAACUCAUUUUAGUAUUCUGUUUACAAAGCACAGAUGUAAUUGAUGCAAGAUAGUCCUGGUAUCCCAGCUUUUUGUACGUGUACUGUAGCUGUUACUUUUCCAUAGAGCACCUGAAUAGCUGGUCUCUUUUAUUCGACUGACGUGCUUUUUUUCUAAUAUCUGUUUGUGUAAUGUUACUAUUUAUUAUGAAUCAUUUGCUAGUGAACAUGCUCUUUUUCUUACUUAUCCUUUAGAAAGCUGACGUAACACCAUUUUUCUAUACCAAUAUGUAAGUCCAGCAAUCAGUCGAUAACAAAAUUAAUCAUUUGAUUGCCUCUAAUCUCUGUACUGUAAAUAUUGUGAUGUGUGUUAUUGGCUCAAACCUGAUCAAUAGCUGGACCUUGUCCAAUCCGAUAGACUCCCCAAUCCCCUUAAGCACUCUCAGCUAAUGUAUACGUCCCAUUGACAUAGUUUGUGUGGGUGGGAUUACAGAAUAAUUUGAGAUAACCGCUUGAUUGUACCUAAUUUGCACGGCCAUAUUUACAUGAUGGGUAGAAUGUCACUCUUUUUUCGUCUCUUGUCUCUUUGAUAUUUGAUCUGUUAUCCACUUUUUUUGGUGUUAUGACUUUUUGUCCUGCUGUUGUACUCCAUUCUUAAUAAAGCGAACAAAAUGGA